AACCCACCUAGAGGGCCCCCUUGACGCUAGCAUAUCCUCUUUCGGGCAGCAGGCACUGCAGCCUGGAGCUAAUUCUGCUGCACAAUUCUCGUGGCACAGACCAACCUGCAAGUGUCCUGAGCUUUCUGUAAGAAAAAAGGAGAGACAAAGGGGUUGGAGAGGGUGCCGUGGAAAUUAGCAGCAGAAGGAAGAAAGCAAGAUCCUGCUGCCUGCGUUGUUGGUCGUAAGGUACGCUCCAAAGGUUUGUCUUAGCCCGAACUUCAGUAUCUACCUACAUCCAAAGAUGUUGCCAGACGUUCAAGAGUAAUAUUAACCGGUACUGAGAAGCCGAUUGCUAGGGACACACGCACACACACAAAAAGAGAGAGGAGGAGAGGCUUCAGGGAAGGGAUUCUUAGAUGACAUAGGACCCGAAACUCUGCUUUCUUCUGCUAAGACGAGGAGGUGCACACACAUGGUUUUAAACGCAAAGUAUACGAUCUAGCUAGAAAACAAGACUCUGCAGCAAAGGAAUCGAUAACUUCCAGCAUAUCCUCGGCGUGUUUACAUAGAAGUAAGCCUCAGUGACUUUAAUGGGACUUACUUCCUACUAAAUGUGCAUCGUAUUGCAGCAUUAGUCAUUUGCUUCCAGGUAGAAGACAGCUUUAUUAUGGGGUUACAUGGCAACUUUGAGUUGGAUCAUGGCAACACCUUCAGUUCAUAAUGGUAUUUCAUUGUAGGCUUAUCUUAUGGAGCAGGAAAAUAGCAUGACAUACUUCCUUAGGGCUCCCUCAUAUCAAGCGGUGAGCGGAGAGCCUACAUUUCCAGAUGAAAAGUUUGCUUUGUAUUGGAUCAGCCUCCAUUCUUUGUCUGCUCUUUCUUGCAAAGAAAGGAAACACAAUUAAAGCAACCUCUGAUGAAUAUGUGUUUGAGAAGGAAGAAAAAGCAAUAUCUGUUUCUAAAGGACAGCAUGGCAAAACCAUGUGAAGUUUUGCAUUUCCUCUUAAAAACUGAUGUAGCACAGAUGGCAAGAAACUCUCUUUUGACUAACCUUUUCCUACUGUCUAAAAUGCUGCAUAAGAAGAUGCUUUAAUUUAUACUUGGGAUUUAUCAAGAGAAACCAUUGCCUUCAUUUAAGAUAAGUUGUUUAACAUAUAUGAUUACUUUUGUGAUUUUUUAAAAAAAAUAACUUGUGAAUUGCAUUGAUGGAUGGAUGGCUAACUAGAAAACCUUCUGGAAAUUCUGUCCUUGAAUCCUGGAGAUUCUCACUUACGUGGAAUACAAUACUUUUUUUGCAAUAGCCCAUGACACUAACUGAUGCUGCAGUUGUUGUGGAAUGUAUCUAUGAAUUCUGUAACAGACAAAGCUUUUGGACAAGGAAAAGACUGAUGCUGAUAGAACCGUGAACAUGAUGCAUGUGAACAAUUUUCCAUUCAGGAGGCAUUCAUGGAUAUGUUUCGACGUAGACAAUGGCACCUCAUCGGGACGGAGUCCCUUGGAUCCCAUGACGAGCCCUGGAUCGGGGCUAAUUCUCCAGGCUAACUUUGUUCACAGUCAACGUAGGGAAUCUUUCCUCUACCGGUCAGAUAGUGACUAUGACCUCUCUCCAAAGUCUAUGUCCAGGAACUCCUCCAUUGCCAGUGAUAUACAUGGAGAUGACUUGAUUGUGACACCAUUUGCUCAGGUGCUGGCCAGCUUACGUACUGUACGGAAUAAUUUUGCUGCAUUAACCAACCUACAGGAUCGAGCACCCAGCAAACGGUCACCCAUGUGUAACCAACCAUCCAUCAACAAAGCAACCAUAACAGAGGAGGCCUACCAGAAACUGGCCAGCGAGACCCUGGAGGAGCUGGACUGGUGCCUGGACCAGCUGGAAACCUUGCAGACCAGGCACUCCGUCAGUGAAAUGGCAUCGAACAAGUUUAAAAGAAUGCUCAACCGAGAGCUAACCCACUUAUCUGAAAUGAGCCGAUCAGGCAAUCAGGUCUCUGAAUAUAUAUCCAACACUUUUUUAGACAAACAGCAUGAAGUGGAAAUCCCAUCCCCAACACAGAAAGAGAAAGAGAAGAAGAAACGGCCUAUGUCUCAGAUCAGUGGAGUGAAGAAACUGAUGCACAGCUCCAGCCUAACCAAUUCGAGCAUCCCCAAAUUUGGAGUCAAAACUGACCAAGAAGAUAUUUUGGCCAAGGAGCUAGAAGAUGUAAACAAAUGGGGCCUGCAAGUGUUUAAAAUAGCUGAAUUAUCUGGAAAUCGCCCUUUGACAGUCAUCAUGUACACCAUUUUCCAGGAACGGGAUUUAUUAAAAACAUUUAAAAUUCCACCAGACAUGUUAAUAACUUACUUGAUGACACUGGAAGACCAUUACCAUGCAGAUGUGGCAUAUCACAACAACAUACAUGCUGCAGAUGUUGUGCAGUCUACACAUGUGCUGUUGUCAACCCCAGCUUUGGAGGCGGUGUUCACAGACCUGGAGAUUCUGGCUGCUAUUUUUGCCAGUGCAAUACACGAUGUAGAUCAUCCUGGGGUUUCAAACCAAUUUCUUAUCAACACAAACUCUGAACUUGCCUUGAUGUACAACGAUUCAUCAGUCCUGGAAAAUCAUCAUUUAGCUGUGGGUUUCAAGUUACUGCAGGAGGAGAAUUGUGACAUUUUUCAGAACCUGACAAAAAAGCAGAGGCAAUCAUUGAGGAAGAUGGUCAUCGAUAUUGUGCUUGCAACAGAUAUGUCUAAGCAUAUGAACCUGUUAGCUGAUCUGAAAACAAUGGUUGAAACUAAGAAAGUGACAAGCUCUGGAGUUCUCCUUCUUGAUAACUAUUCAGACAGGAUUCAGGUUCUACAAAAUAUGGUACACUGUGCAGAUCUAAGCAAUCCAACAAAGCCACUCCAGCUCUAUCGCCAGUGGACAGAUAGAAUAAUGGAAGAGUUCUUUCGUCAGGGAGAUCGAGAAAGGGAGCGGGGCAUGGAGAUAAGUCCCAUGUGUGAUAAGCACAAUGCAUCAGUAGAAAAGUCACAGGUGGGCUUUAUAGACUACAUUGUUCAUCCUCUCUGGGAGACCUGGGCAGACCUUGUUCACCCAGAUGCCCAGGACAUCUUAGACACGCUGGAGGACAAUCGUGAAUGGUACCAGAGCACAAUCCCUCAGAGUCCUUCUCCUGCCCCAGAUGACCAAGAGGAGGGUAGACAAGGCCAGACAGAAAAAUUCCAGUUUGAACUAACACUGGAGGAAGAUGGUGAAUCCGAUACAGAAAAGGACAGUGGAAGUCAAGUAGAAGAAGACACCAGCUGCAGUGACUCCAAGACUCUUUGCACCCAAGACUCAGAAUCCACUGAAAUUCCACUUGAUGAACAAGUUGGAGAGGAAGUGGUGGAGGAAGAAGUGGAGGAGGAGAGGCAGACAGAACCUUGUGUGCUAGAAGAACGUUCUCCCGACACGUAACAGUGUGACGGCUCAGUGGCUCUCUCUGUCUGUUCUCCUCUCUUUCUCUUUGUAAGAAUUGAAAAUGGUUUCCAAAGUGCAUGUCACUUGGCACAGCCAUGGUCACACCUCACUGUCAUCUGCCAGAGAUGUUUGUUGAUCAAAAACUGAUCUUGAUUACUCAGUUUGGCACUCAGGAAUACUGUAACCAGAAUUGUUCAUCUCCAUGGCAUCAGAGAGCAAAGGAAAACACCUGCAAAGAACAGUUUAAUGAGAAUUCAACUUGGCAGAUACAGCCAGAGAGAGUGUCUACUCCAGUCUGUUUUCAAAAGGAGUAAAGGCUGGUCCAAAGCUAGUGUGUGUGUGUUUUGUAUUGGUUUUUAAUUUCAUGAGAGAGGCAUUAGUAGCAUACACCACCAGAAUCUGAAGAAAGCGGCCAGCGAGUGAUCCAAGGUUUCUAGUGGAAAGUAAACACACUCAAAUAAUGGGACACAACGUGAAUCUGUUACCAGUAGGAAGAUGAAGCUGUGGAAAUCACAUAAUUUUCUAAUUUCAAGUCUUCCUGACACAUGACUGAAAAAAGUGUAGCUCAGUGGGUUGCACUGACGUCUGCAUUUUGUAUUAUAUGUAAAAUGGAAAUCUUUUGUAGAAUUUACUUUUAUUAUUAAAUGUAUUGAGGUAUUAUAUUUAAAAGAAUGCAACACCCUCAGAACUUCAUCUACCACUGAUUCUUCUCCCCCCCCCCCAAAAAAAAAACACAAAAGAGUAACUUGCAAGUUUUCAGUACAAAUAUGUGCUACACUGGAUAAAUCGAGUUUUAUAUUUGUUUGCACUUAAAUUUUCAUACCAGUUCAUUCAUAUAAAGAAACCUUUUGUGUUCUAGACCAAUGACAGCUAUAAAAUGCUCUUUUCAUUUCCCUCUCGCCUCCUGUAUUACAGAAAACAUGUUGUUUGUUGGCAUUAAUUUCUGGAUUUUUCAUUGUAAUUUCCCAAAAGUAGCAAUAUAUCAUCUGUGAUGUGUUUUUUGUCCUCAGAGAUGGCUUAGUUCUGCAGACCCAGCCUUUAUUGCUGUGGGCUUACUAUACUCAACCAAAAAAAAAUUCUGAAAUCUAGUGGACCACUAGAGUAAAGGUUCCCCAAAAUUUGAGCUGCAACCCAUUGGUAGGUGGCAGGAUCCCUGAGGAUUUAGCACCAGUGGGAUCCAGAAUCUGAAGGACUAUGACAAACAAGAGGCUUAGUGGAAGAGACCCAGAGAAGGCUCCCAAGUAAAGAUAAAACUCCAUUGGCAGCUCCUAAGAACAAAAGUUGGGGGCCUACUAGAGUUGUGAUUUGCAGGUCUAUGGCUAGUAUGAAUGUGGCUCUGUUGCUAUAAAUGCAAACCUUUGUUUCUAGCUAUGUAUGUGAAAUCAUGAAUGGUCAGCCCGGAAUAUUUGCUGUGCCAGCAAAUAUUAAAUACUUUAGAUGGGGGCAUACAGUCUGCUGUGACAACACAGCACUACAGACUGUACUGUAGUAUUUACAAACUAUUCCUAGUGGAAUCUUUGUUGUUUCAAAAACAACCUGAGCCAAUCUCUCCCCCCUCCUCCCAAAUUAGUCCUCCUUAAUAACUUUUUUUUUUCUUCAAAGCCUGGGCAGAAGAUACAGUGUGAAGUGGUCAUUGUUAAAUCAGGGUCUUUUAAAAUCAGGCUUGUUGCUUUUGACCUUGAAUAUGGCAAUAUAUAUAUAAUUAUUUUUUAAAAAAAUCUGUUAGAAUCUUGUGGAAAGGAUCCAACAUUUUUGUCUGAUCAGUGAUGGAUUGUUUUUUGGGGGGGGGGGCUUUUGCUGUCCUAUUGAGAGGUCACGUUGAACAAGUAAAUGCCUAGGGUUGAAUCAUUAAGGAUAAACAGGGUGGGAAACACACAAUCCUAUAAAAUGGCAGAUCAGAAAAAGCAUUUAGAGAAUGCAGUGUAGGCUGCAAUCCACAACAGAAUUAAGUUCUAUUAAAGCUAUUGAUUAUAUGGGGCUUAUGGACAUUUAACUUUGUAUUGGAUUGUGGCCUUAGCCUGCAACUAGUACAUGUGGAAAACCCAUGCUCAAUGGUACAGACAGCAGAUGUGGAUUCAAAUCCCUAUCCUCACUUGACCUUUGCCAUGGUUGUUGUACUACAUGUUCAGGAAUGACUAUGACUUGUAUAGUCAAGUUCAUGACAAUCCGUGACGGCAUCUGCUGCCCUAUCAACAUGGGAAAUUUUCUUGCCUAUACACAUCAUUCAUAUCUAGCAGUGACAUAUAUGGACAUAGACCAGCUCUUCUGCAUAUGCAAGGUCCCUGCUGCAUAGAUAGUGUGAUUGCAGGGUUGAAGCAUCUUCAUCACACUGGGUUUGAAUGAUGUUUUGACACAAUGAAAACAGGAUUCGAUCAUGCUUAGAGGUAGACCUGUUGAGGUCAUAACUAACUUAAGACCCAUUGGUUUCAGUGGAUUGACCUCUUAAGCAUGACGUAACUCUGGAUACAGCCCAGAUAAUGUAUUUAGUUGGCUGAACCAAGGAAUAUUUGGAACAUAUGUGAGUAUAAGAUUUUUGAUUAAAACACUGACAAGAAUUUUAUUUUUAAGUGCAUUUUAAUGUGUUUAGUCUACCUUUUAGCUCUUAAUGGCUUUUAUUGAAAAGAAAUACUAACUGGGGAAGUGGAUGAAAGAAUUUCACCAUGUUGUUGUCAGCAUAGGCUCAUGUUCUCCUUUCACUACUUUGACAUUUGUUAGUCCCCAAGAGUGCCUGGAAUCUUAAUGAAUAAAGCAAUAUCAAUUCCAAAUAUCAAUACGGACCAGGAAGGGUAUUUUAUGUGCACUAAAGGUUUAAUCCUACAAACUGGGAUAACCUCUAGCUUGAGCCAGCAAUAGACUUACGUACUGGGGAAAGACUGCAUCUAUGGGGCGGGGGUCUGGCCUUUUAAACUUGCAUGAAUAAUGUUGGGUUAUUUUUUUUAAAGGGACUUUUUUUAAAGCUGUUCAUGCAUUGCUGGAUCUGGUUAGUGUACACCCUGUAAGAUUAAACUGUCAUAGAAAAAGAAGAGGUAAAGAAAAUGCAACCAUAUUGUGUAGAAUACACCCAUACACAUGGACAAUCAAGUGGUAGAAAACAUAAAUCAGUUUUAGAGCCAGGGAUCGAAUGCACUGUACAAUCUUUUUUGUUUUUGGUUUGCCAACGUGUGCUUUAGCACCAGCACACUACUUUAAAGAAAAUACUAUUGAAAAAGUUAUUUUACAUGUUUUCUGUCUUUUUCUUUUUUUGCCAUACAAAAAAUGCAAUGAAUUGGGUAUUGUAUAGAGAAGUGGGAAAGAGAGAGAUGGCGAGGAACCUGAAUUUGCAUCUACACUUUAGCUUGCAAGUUACCGUUCUCAGUAAUGUUGUUUGUGUUUCCUUUUAAUUUCUGGUUUUAUGUCAUUGUUCUAAAAACAAAAAAUUAUGAUCAGACAAUAUAGGUAGAACAAAUCACAUCAAAAGUUUUUUUAAAACAAACUUGAUGAAAUGAAUUUUACAGACAGCUUUGACAAUUCUUUUUAAAUGCAUUUAUUUAUUUUUUAUUUGUGCCAUGCAUAUUUUUCUCACCAAAUGACCUUACUUGUAAUAAGUCUUGUUUGUCUCUGUUUACAACCAUGUAUUUAUUGUAAUGUAUAUAUUGUAAUGUUAAUUGUAAAUUAUAAGUUCUUAUUAUAACAUCAUCCUUGCCAGGAUGGUGUUGCUAUAUUUGGAAACUCUUGGUGAGAGAAUUAAUAUUGUGUAUACAUAUUCCCCUUGUACAUUUUUCCCUUCUGUAAUAUAUCCUAUAUCACCUUAGAGCUUGUUUAUGGAAGAGUUGAGAAAAAUUAUAAAAUAUAUAGAUAUAUACAUUAAAAGCUGCAGGUCUUUGGUCUCAGGGCUGUGCCUUAACUUUAAACAAUAUUUUAUUCUGUUUUGCUGCAUUUGAAAGAAGGUCCUUGUGGAACAUGGGCUGGGCAUAUCUCCACCGCCCUUUUGAUUUUUUAAAGGGACUCUAGUCAUCACCCCACUAGGAUGGUCUGUAUUCCAGUGGACUUUUCUCUAGGAUCCCAUUCGAAGCCCAAAUGUUAAUCUUUGGCAUAAAUCUGCCUGCCUGAUGGAGUGCUUUCCUUUCUUCAGAAUGUGUCUUAAGGGAUCACUUUAUCCUAGCCUUUAUGAGCCUGCUACCCCUCCAGAUGUUUUGGACUAUAAUUCCCAACAGCCCUAGGUAGUUGUGCUGACUGGAACUGAUGGGAGUUGUAAUCCAAAAUACCUGGAGAGCACCAGGUUGGUGAAGGCUGUUUUAUCCAUUCUUCCCCUCUCUUAAAAACAAACAAAAAACAACCAAUCAGGAUGGGCACUCUGAGGUGGCAAUGCCUGCCCCUACCCCAUUGAAACUAGAAAGUUUGUUCCUAUUCAUUUCAAGGGGGCUUGCACAGGAAAUAUUUCAAGUGGUUUGUGCCCUUGUUAUUAACACAGCAACUCUCUCAAUUAGACCUACUUUAACAUUGUGUAAUAAAACAAUGUUAAGCCUGAUUUUCCCUCCAACACUAAUAGUAAGCAUUUCACGCAGCCAGAGCUUGCUCCUGUAUAAAUAGCACUGUGGAUGUAUGGAUAGCAUAGGUGUAAAGAAUGACUGUAACCUUUUAGAUCUUUUAAACACUAUUUUAUUUUAUUGCAAAAUUUGCAGUGUCUUGAAGGUGUUGUCUUGCUGCUGUAAUUUUGUAGUAUCGGAUACCUCGUCACCAUUCCAAUAAUGCCCAGCCCUUGUAGCGUGUGACUGUUCAGUGAAAGGAGAGAUCCUUUUUCAAGGAAAAACAUAGCCUCCUUUUUGACACAAACUGUAGAUUUUAGCAGCCCUGGCCCAAAGGAAUAUGAUUGCUUUUGUUUUAAACAGUAUAAAAGGGACACCAUAACAACAGAAUUACUGAACAAUAUUUUUGUUGUUUUCAGUUUGGUUUGUUUCCUUUGGGUAUGUCUUCAGAGUGGCAAAUUGUGUGAACAUUGCAAAUAAUUCAAUGGUUUCUUAGCCUCUCUUACAGCCUAUGGGAUAGUACUGUACGUCAAAUACCUUCAUAUGAAAUUUUUAUAUGCAAUGGAAAUAAAAGCAUGGGUUGAUUCUGCCUCGAUACUGUACUUGACCAUCUUUU